AUGAGCAGCGGCCCGAACGCGCCCCUCGUCGACGCCCUCUGCGAGUUUCUCGAGGCGGCGGUGCACGCCGUGCUGCGUGCCCGAGGCCUGUACCCGCCAGAGCUUUUCGAGCGCGCGCGGCUGUACGGCGUCGCGGUCAGCAAAGCGCGCCACCCGGGGCUGUGCGGAUACAUCGCGUCCACCAUAUCGCACAUCAAGCCGUUGCUGGCAGCGGAGUCCCUGCGGGAGCUGGCGGUGGCGUUUGCGGCCCCGGACGGCGCUCCGCUGUCCAAGGUGACGUUCAUCGUGCAGGGCGUGGCCCCUACCCUUAUUGAUCUCGACCCGGACGCCCUGGAAGCCGCCUUCCGCUCAGCCCUGCUGAAGCUCCAGUUCAUUGACAACCUGCUGGCGCCGCUGCCGCAGGGCGCCACCUUUGAGCUCCUGGUGCUGGCCGCGUCCCGCGAGGGCGCCGACCCCGCCUUCUGGACGGAGGAGGACCCGACAGAGGCGGCCGCCCUGGACCCGCCCGUCGCCGCGACGCCCGUCAAGGCCGUCGCGUUGGAGGGCGUGCUGAGCAUGCAAGUUUUGCUGGAGGAGGGCUCCUCCAGCGGCGCAGAAGCAGCGGCAGAGGCUGCGGCGGGGACGGAACAGGGUUAG